AUGGAAACCCCUACAGUCACGGUUGAAGGAGUGACUACAGCCGUUCCUCGAGAACGCUGGACUACAGCUCAGCGAGAUGAAUACAAAUUCAAUGCUAGAGCACUGGCACAGAUUCAUGGUAGCUGCUCAAAGAAACAGUUUGAGCUGAUUCAAGGCUGUACUAAGUCAAAGGAGGCAUGGGAUAUCCUCCAGAUCCACUUUGAAGGGACGAGUCAAGUUCAAAGCUCAAGGAAGGAUCUACUGGCGACUAAGUUUGAGAAUAUGAGGAUGGAGGAACAUGAGUCAAUUGCUGACUUUAGCUCGAAACUUAGCUCACUCGUUCAAGAGUCCCGUACCCUGGGAAAGCUACACGAACUGGAACUAGGAGGUGUCAAAAAGGCUAAGGGUAUUGCACUCAUAUCAACGGAGAAACAGUCGGAAGAAGAGCCUGAAGAAGACAGUAUCAGUCUCUUGGUACGUCGCUUUGACAGAGUCCUGAAGAAAACCGAGUCUCAGUGUCAUGAAUGCAAGGGAUAUGGACACUUCAAGACCGACUGCCCCACUGUCAAGAGGAGAAGCAUUACUUGCUACAAGUGCAAAGGAAUAGGUCAUACACAACAAGAAUGUGAGUAUGAUGAGAAGAUGGGGAAGUCGAUGAUGGGCGUUGCUGAUGAAGAUUCUGAAGGAGAGUCUGAAGAUGAGGAAGAAGAAGUUCGCAAUGCCUUAGUAGAAGUUGGGAAGGAAAACAUUGAGCUCAAGAAGGAGAACACUCGUCUUGCUGCACGAGUUGACGAACUUCAGAAAGCACUUCAAGCCGAGAAGGAUCUCAACAUGGAUAAUCUUAACAUCGUGCUUGAAAAGAUGGAUGCAGUUAAACGAGCAGACGACAUUACCAAGGAGUAUUUUCUGGAAAAGGAGAAUUCCAGAAAUCUACAAGCUGAAUUGGAUCAACACAGAAAGCAACUCAAGAUGCUGACUGGUACUAAGGAACUCGACAAGAUUCUGAGCAUUGGCCGUGUAGGGAAGUCAAAUCUUGGUCUAGGAUACACAGCUGACAGUGUUACAACUAGCAAGAAUGUCAAGUUUGUCUCUGGAGGGUUGGCUCAAGGAAUGUCCAUCAAGAAGAUACUAAGACACCAGCUCAGAAACUUGAUUCCAUUCUCAAAACUGGGAAUCGAGGGAAGAGCACCAUGGGACUGGGAUAUGAUUCGUCUUCAACUCGCAAUCCGAAAGGAUUUCAGAGUCCAAGAGGAAAACAUCAAGGAAAGGAGUGCUAUUUCUUUCUUCAUCAGAAAAUCGGAUCUAUAUCAGAAUCCUGCCCGACGUACAUCAACCGGUGGUUCAAGACAUCGUAUCUACUCUAACAUGGUCUUGCUUGAAGAAAUCGACGAAGCCGACAACACUGGACCGUGGUACUUCGAUAGUGGAUGCUCCAGACACAUGACAUGA